AUGGCUGCCGUAUCAAGCGUUAUGUUACUAAGCCCAGCCACGGGACUUACAAAGAGAACUGCACUGAAACAGUUUGUUGUUCCCAGCUAUGUGCCAAGUCUCAAGAGGAAUGUCGAUUUUCAAGUCAGCAGCAUGGCAGAGAAAAAGCCGUCAGAAUCAGCAGCUCCAUCGAAGUCAGUCCCGUCAAAGCCAAAGGUUAGUAAAAACUUUGGCGACAUACUAGCCUUCGGUGGGCCGGGAUCGGAGAGGAUCAACGGUCGGCUCGCGAUGAUUGGGUUCGUAACGGCCAUUGGUGUUGAGCUUGCUAAUGGUCAGGACGUGUUUGCACAGAUACAAAAUGGUGGAAUUCAAUUGUUCAUAGCGACUUCUGCUUUGCUAAGUGCUGCUUCUUUGAUUCCUCUGCUCAAAGGGGUUAGUGAGGAAUCGGAAUCGAAUGGGGUGUUCUCGUCUGAUGCUGAGUUGUGGAAUGGAAGAUUUGCUAUGUUGGGUUUGGUUGCAUUGGCUAUUACUGAGUAUGUCAAAGGUGGUGCUCUUGUUUAA